AAGUAGCUAGGUUAAGAUUUAAGAAUGUGUAACUCGAUUAUUGUUAUAUUGUUUGUCCUUUUGAAACUUGCAUCUUCAAACACUGUUCCAGAUGAAUUCAGUUUCAAUGGCUGCUUAAAGCUAGAUGGUUUAGCAGAGGCUGAUCCAAAUGGGCUAUUGACAUUGACCACAGGCUUAGGACGUGGAGUUGCCCAUGUCUUCUUCAACCUUCCUCUCCAAUUCAAGAACUCCACUGCCGGUAGCAUUUCCUCCUUCUCCACCACCUUUGUUUUUGCAAUGGUCCCUGAGUACCCAAAACUCGGUGGCCAUGGACUUGCCUUUGUAAUCUCCCCAUCUAAAGAUAUUCCUGGAGCUUUACCCUGUCAAUAUCUUGGUCUCUUUAAUGAUACUAAUAUCGGCAACAGUUCGAAUCAUAUCAUAGCGGUUGAGCUUGACACGGUUCAGGACUUCGAGUUCGAUGACAGGGACGAUAACCAUGUUGGCAUCGAUAUUAAUACCUUGAUAUCAAACAUAUCAAAGACUGCUGGUUAUUUUGACGAUCAAACCGGCACUUUUCAUGAACUCUAUCUUAAAAGUGGAGAUCCAAUGCAGAUAUGGAUAGAAUAUAAUGGAACGAAGGAACAACUUAAUGUCACAAUUCAUCCAGUUGGGGAGACUAGACCCAUUCGUCCCCUCUUAUCUAUGACAUUCGAUCUUUCUCCAUAUAUCCUCGACUUCAUGUAUGUUGGCUUCUCGUCCGCUACAGGUUUACUUGCAUCAUCUCAAUACAUAUUGGGGUGGAAUUUCAAAAUGGAUGGUCAAGCGCAAGACCUUGAAAUAUCCAAGCUUCCAAAGAUCCCUCAAUCCUUGGGAGAAAAAAAGGGGUCCAAAAAAUUAUUGCAAAUAAUUUUGGGAGUUACAUUGUCUGUAGCAGGACUCACUCUGAUCUCGCUUGUUGUUUUGGGUGCUCUGUUCGUUUCACGUAAGAAGAAAUUCAUGGAAAUACUUGAGGAUUGGGAGGUCCAGUACGGCCCACACAGGUUCACCUACAAGGAUCUAUUCGUUGCAACAAAGGGCUUCAAGGAAAACGAGUUGCUCGGGAGCGGAGGAUUUGGGCGAGUAUACCGGGGCACAUUGCCGUCAUCAAACACAAAAAUUGCUGUGAAAAGAAUUUCUCAUGAUUCGAGGCAAGGAAUGAGGGAAUUUCUAGCUGAAAUCUCAACUAUUGGGCGCCUUAGGCACCCAAACUUGGUUCGACUCCUUGGCUAUUGCAGGCGCCAUCAUGAAUUGUUUUUGGUUUAUGACUACAUGCCAAAUGGAAGUCUAGAAAAGUGCCUAUCUAACAAAUCCAAUUGCACACUAGAUUGGUCACAAAGAUUUAAAAUCAUCAAGGAUGUAGCAUCUGGACUUUUCUACUUGCACCAGCAGUGGGUGCAAGUAGUUAUUCACAGGGAUAUCAAGCCGGCUAAUGUGCUAUUAGAUAACGAUAUGAAUGGUAAAUUGGGAGAUUUUGGGCUUGCCAGAUUUUGUGAUCAUGGAAAUGACCCUCAAACAUCAAAUAUAGCAGGUACCCUUGGGUACAUAGCACCUGAACUUGCACGAACAGGAAGAGCAAAUACAAGCACUGAUCUGUACGCGUUUGGGAUAUUUAUGCUUGAAGUUGUUUGUGGUAGACGGCUAAUUGAGCCACGAAGUCAACUCCAAGAUCAACAAUUUCUUGUCGAUUGGAUUCUAGAGUGUUGGGAUAGAGGAACAAUCUUAGAUACUGUUGAUAGCAAAUUAGAAAAUAGAUACGUAGCCCAAGAAGUUGAGUUGGUGUUGAAACUUGGCUUGCUUUGCUCGCAUCCAUGUGCCGCGGCUAGGCCUAGCAUGUCCAGCGUGGUGCAAUAUCUGGAUGGCAUAGCUCAGUUGCCAGAUACCAUUCGUGCUUCAAUUAUUCAAGCUCAUACUUCGAUGGAAAAUUCUAAUCAGCCAAGUGUAGCGCCUGAUGUGUCAACUGAAAGAUACUCCAACCCUUCAUUGACAUUUACAGAAUCAUUUGCCUCUCAUGGCCGUUAAGACUGUGGCCUUGGGUAAAUGGAAGUUGUAC